GCCUCGGAGCGGAAGCCGCCGCGGCCCGGGUCCCCGCACCCAGCCUGCGCCCCGCCGCCGCCGCUGCCGCCCGGCCCGAGCAUGGAGACGGCGGAGAAGGAGUGCGGCGCCCUGGGAGGGCUCUUCCAGGCCAUCGUCAACGACAUGAAGAGCUCCUACCCCAUCUGGGAGGACUUCAACUCCAAGGCCACAAAGCUGCAUUCCCAGCUGAGGACCACUGUGCUGGCUGCUGUGGCCUUCCUGGAUGCCUUCCAGAAAGUGGCUGACAUGGCCACCAACACCCGAGGGGCCACGCGGGAUAUCGGCUCGGCGCUCACGCGCAUGUGCAUGCGCCACCGCAGCAUCGAGACCAAGCUGCGGCAGUUCACCAAUGCUCUCCUGGAGAGCCUCAUCAACCCACUGCAGGAGCGCAUCGAGGACUGGAAGAAGUCGGCCAACCAGCUGGACAAGGACCACGCAAAAGAGUACAAACGAGCCAGACAUGAGAUCAAGAAGAAAUCUUCAGACACGCUGAAGCUGCAGAAGAAAGCACGCAAAGGGAAAGGAGACCUGCAGCCCCAGCUGGACAGUGCCCUGCAGGACGUGAACGACAUGUACCUGCUGCUGGAGGAGACGGAGAAGCAGGCGGUGCGCCGGGCCCUGAUUGAGGAGCGCGGCCGCUUCUGCACCUUCAUCACCUUCCUGCAGCCUGUGGUGAACGGCGAGCUGACCAUGCUGGGAGAGAUCACCCACCUGCAGGGCAUCAUCGAUGACCUGGUGGUGCUGACCGCGGAGCCACACAAGCUGCCCCCCGCCAGCGAGCAGGUGAUCAAAGACUUGAAGGGCUCGGACUACAGCUGGUCCUACCAGACCCCACCCUCAUCGCCCAGCAGCUCCAGCUCCCGGAAGUCCAGUAUGUGCAGCGCCCCCAGCAGCAGUAGCAGUGCCAAGGGUGGCGGAGCCCCGUGGCCUGGGGGUGCCCAAACAUACUCACCCGGUUCCACCUGUCGCUACCGCAGCCUGGCACAGCCGGCCACCGCCAGCGCCCGCCUCUCCAGCGUCUCCUCCCACGACUCUGGCUUCAUCUCCCAGGAUGCCACCUACUCCAAGCCCCCCUCGCCCAUGCCUUCAGACAUCACCAGCCAGAAGUCCUCCAGCUCGGCGUCCUCCGAGGCCUCAGAAACCUGCCAGUCCGUCAGCGAGUGCAGCUCCCCUACCACGGACUGGGCCAAGGCCGGCCCCCACGAGCAGCCCUCAGGCACCACCCUGCAGCGGAGGAAGGACCGAGCAGAGCUCCUCCGAGACACAGAGCCAGGCCCGGCUAGCGGGGGCACCCUGGGCCCCAGUGGAGAGGAGGCCCCCCGACCCCGCAUGUCCCCUGCCACCAUCGCAGCCAAGCACGGUGAGGAGGUGUCCCCCGCGGCCAGUGACCUGGCCAUGGUGCUGACCCGCGGCCUGAGCCUGGAGCACCAGAAGAGCAGCCGGGACUCCCUGCAGUACUCAAGCGGCUACAGCACGCAGACCACCACGCCCUCCUGCUCCGAGGACACCAUCCCCUCCCAAGGUAGGCCCCGGGGCCGGGGCAGGCGGCUGGGCCUUCACAGGCCCCCAGGGCCCCAGGCCCACCGCAUCCCGUGUCCCCCAGGCUCUGACUACGACUGCUACUCAGUGAACGGGGACGCAGACGGGGAGGGCCCACCCGAGUUCGACAAGUCGUCCACCAUCCCUCGCAACAGCAACAUCGCCCAGAACUACCGCCGCCUGAUCCAGACCAAGCGCCCGGCCUCCACUGCGGGGCUGCCCACCGCUGGGCUGCCCACCACCUCGGGCGCACCCCCUGGCGUGGCCACCAUCCGCCGCACGCCCUCCACCAAGCCCGCCGUGCGCCGCACCCUCUCCAGCGCCGGCCCCAUCCCCAUCCGGCCGCCCAUCGUCCCCGUGAAGACGCCCACAGUGCCCGACUCCCCCGGCUACGUGGGGCCCACGCGGGCGGGCAGCGAGGAGUGCGUCUUCUACACUGACGAGGCCGCCUCGCCCCUGGCCCCGGACCUGGCCAGGGCCUCCCCGAAGAGGCUCAGCCUGCCCAACACAGCCUGGGGCGGCCCGUCCCCCGAGGCCGCCAGCUACCCGGGGCCGGGGGCCGGGCUGGCGGCCGAGGACGACGAGCAGCAGCAGCAGCAGCUGGCCGCCAACCGGCACAGCCUGGUGGAGAAGCUCGGCGAGCUGGUGGCAGGCGCCCAUGCCCUGGGCGAGGGCCAGUUCCCCUUCCCCACUGCCCUGUCGGCCACCCCCGUGGAGGAGACUCCCACCCCGCCCCCCGCUGCCACCAGCGACCCCCCGGCUGAAGACAUGCUGGUGGCCAUCCGGCGCGGGGUGCGGCUCCGCAGGACCGUCACCAAUGACAGGUCGGCGCCCCGCAUCUUGUGAUCCCACCCUCUGGCCCGGGCGAGGCAGGUGGCCUGGUCAGUGGGCAGCGGCCACUCAGAGCAGAGGCACAGGAGAGAGCAGAGCCAGGCAAGCUUUUUUUUUUUUUUUUUUUUUUUUUUUUUUUUUUUUUUUUUUUAAAGUCAUACGAGGCAAAGCUACUUUAUUGGAAAGAGACACCCAUCUUGGAUUUCAAGGUUUAAACAGGAAAUGACUUCUUUAACAAACCUCGCCAGGACGGAGCCUGCGGGCCUGGAACUUGGAUUUGGAGCCUGCUUCAGCCUUUGCUUGCCCACUCUGUCCCUCCUCUUCCUCCUUUCGGGCCCUGCCUUUUCCUGGUGUGAGUGAGCCCCAGAGCCACGCUCACCGCCCACAGCAGCGGGGCCGGGCCGGCCUCUCCCGGUCCCACCGGCCUGGCUGGGCCCGCAGUGCCACCGCUUAGCUAGCCUGGCCCGGCUUCUCACCAUCUCCCCAGGGACGGUGGCCUCGGGCUCUUCCGGAAUGCUAGCCCAUCCCGCCCUGACUGAGCCCCCUCCUCCUCCCUCCUUCGUCGUCUCAUCUCUCUGCCUCUCCAGGCUCCUCUCCGUCAGGGAGCAGGGCCGAUGGGGAGCAGCUGUGCAAGGGCCAGGGGCCCAACCGGCUAAGGUAUCUGGUUUGCUGAGAAAGCUCUACGGGAUGGCUGGCUGUUGGGGGCGGGGUGCGGGGUUGCAGCUGGGAGCCCAGACGCCGUCGCCGCCGUCAGGGAAGGGGGCCCGGGCCCAAGUCAAGCCUCUUGAGGAAGACAUGCAGGGGACCUGCUUGGAGGAGGCUGGGGACCCUGAAGCAGCAUCCCCUCCCCCCAGGGGUGGUUGGGGUUGGAGGCAGGGUGGGGCUGGGCAGCGGGGAAGGAGUCCAGAGGCUAGGGGUCACCUGGCCAGUCCCCCAGGAGCUGCUUUCGGAUGCCGUCGCCAUCCGGGCACGUGGUGACCAACCCUGGUGAGGGUUUCAGCCACCUCUGGGGCUGGCGGUGGG